AAUUAAAUUAAAAAAAAAAAGUGAGUAAAAACCUAACCCCAAAGAAAACCCAAACCCUGACCUGAACGGGCAAAUCUUGCCUUGCACAAUCGUCGCCAAAACCCUAAAGCCUAAUUCUCUGCUUCGCGGUGGUUCAUCGGUGGUUGAAUCGGCGGUGGUCGGAGAUUUGCGAUUGGAAGAGAGAGAAAGAGGAGAGAGAUUUGAUUUUGAAACGAUGUCUGCAGCGGUGUGCGGAAGCAAGAGAUCCUUCUUCGAAGAUCUUCCUCCAUCGCCGCCUCUCUCGAAGAGGCUUCGGUGCUCUUCUUCGACCUCUCCCAUUCGCUUCUCCGCACCUUCUCUCCUGGAUCAGCUUCGCGCCGUUUUCCCUUACAUCGAAAUCCAGGUUCUUGAGAGAGCCCUGGAAGAUUUCGACAAUGAUGUAGAGGCUGCCAUCAAGAGCCUGCGUGAUCUUCGCCUGCGAUCUACUGAGGAAAAUUCAGAUCCUGCUGAGGAGGCAGACGUUGCUGUGGAGAAAGGUGUAAAUGAUGGAAACGUUGCUGUUUCUGAAAAUCCAUCAGCUUCUGACAAUCUUCCUGUAGAUGGUGCAGAGUGGGUUAAUUUGUUUGUUAGGGAGAUGAUGAGUGCUACCAGUCCUGAGGAUUUAAGAGCUCGUGCUUCUAGGGCACUUGAGCUUUUGGAGAAAUCCAUUAGUGCUCAUGCUGGUGCUGAGGCGGCCCAAGCUUUUCAAAAGGAAAAUAUGUUGUUGAAGGCACAACUUGAAGGACUAAUAAGGGAGAAUACCAUACUGAAACAUGCUGUGACCAUCCAACACGAACGUCAGAAGCAAUAUGAGGAUAGGAAUCAAGAAAUACAACACCUGAAGCAGUUGGUGGCUCAAUAUCAGGAACAGUUGAGAACACUUGAGGUAAACAACUAUGCCUUGACAAUGCAUUUGAAGCAAGCUCAGCAGAGCAGCUCGAUUCCUGGGCGCUUCCAUCCAGAUGUCUUCUAAUCAAGAUUUGCGUUUAACAUUCCAUCAAUGGAGCCAGCGACGCAUGCUGCCUUGUCAUCCCUUUUCAAAUUGUCUGUUAAGUAUAGCAAAAAUGUAGAUUGAGGCUGCCUCUCUGUGUUUUAUCAACAUUCCCAGUUAAGGCGGCGCUGGAAUAUCUGUUAGUAACCUGCAAGAAUUUUUCGACCAGUUUCAAUAGUUGCAUGAGCAGAAUUUUCAUAUUAUAUUUGGUGAGAUCUGAUUGUCUAUUAUAUUUAUACAAGUUUCAAGAGAAGAUGUUUUGCUAAUAGAAAAGAAUGGAUUACAUCGAUGAGUAUUGGUGGAA